UUGUAAUUAGCUAGAUGGACCUUGAACUAGCAUACAUGGGAUCUUUUGUUGGUUUAAAUUUCUUGCAGGUGAUCUGGAAUCAUUUUGCUUGAGUUUAAGUUUGUACGAUAAUGGCAAACAAUUGCAUACAUGUAGGUGACUUCAAAAAUCUUUCCUUAAAUACGAAGAAAGGAGUUGAAGGUGGCAAGAAUCUGGUUGUUUGCUUUGGGGAGAUGUUGAUUGAUUUUGUCCCAACAGUCGGUGGGGUUUCACUGGCUGAAGCACCCGCUUUCAAGAAGGCUCCUGGUGGAGCUCCUGCUAAUGUGGCAGUUGGUAUUUCUAGACUUGGAGGUUCAUCUGCUUUUAUAGGCAAGGUAGGUGAUGAUGAGUUUGGCUACAUGUUAGCUGACAUUCUAAAGCAAAACAAUGUCAACAAUUCUGGUGUGAGAUUUGAGCAAAAUGCAAGGACUGCCCUGGCUUUUGUUACACUACGAGCUGAUGGUGAACGUGAGUUCCUGUUUUUUCGACAUCCAAGUGCUGACAUGCUUCUCCAUGAGUCAGACUUGACAUAAAUCUCAUUAAGGAGGCAAGCAUCUUUCAUUAUGGCUCUAUUAGUUUGAUUGAUGAACCAUGCAAAUCAGCUCACCUUGCUGCAAUGA